GUUUCCUUCCAGUGACCUCAGUCCACUCCACAGAGGAAAAAAGGGGGGACAGAGGAACUUGAUUCACACUCUCAUUCAAGAAAUAGAGUUGUGAAAACGCGUGGUGGUGGUUCUUCUGUGCGGUUCUGCUGUAAGAGAUGAAACAAGAAGACAGAGUCUGCGAGUAAAGACAGAGAAGUGAUGGUGAUUAUCAGGAUUGGCUGUAAGUAGCUUUCUCAGAAAGGUUCACUUUUCAGGAGGUCCGACAUAAGGAAAUGUGAGCUGGAGCUGUCACACCUCCGCCUCCUUAUUUUGAAGUGAGACUUUAGCAGAUAUGGUGGAGGUGUUCACCGGACGGACUCUGCUGAAUAAAGACGGGGAAUUUGUGGACCCCGAAGAGGCGCUGAGGAAUAAAGUGGUGGGGAUUUACUUUUCUGCGGGUUGGUGUCCACCUUGCAGAGACUUUACACCCAUACUGUGUGAUUUCUACACGGAGCUAGUUGAAGAAAAUGAACCUCCUGCUCAGUUUGAGAUAGUUUUUGUUUCCUCCGACAAGUCUACGGAUGACAUGGUUGAAUAUUAUCAUGAUAUGCACGGAGACUGGCUCGCUCUGCCCUGGACGGAUGACUACAAACAUGAGUUGAAGCAGCGGUACAAGAUCACAGCAGUGCCCAAACUAGUGAUCGUGAAGGAGAACGGCGACGUGAUCACCGACAAGGGAAGAAAGCAGAUCAGAGACCGAGGCCUGGCCUGCUUCAGAUCUUGGCUUGAUGCUGCUGAGAUCUUCCAGAACUUUAAGGGAUAAAGACCAAAAGCACGAAUGAGGAGGAAAGCUUCAGUAGAUUUCUUUACCGAGAAUUAUACAGACACGUUAAAGAGCUGAACAAAACCAACAUUCUCUUCUUUAACUUUUAGGGUUCUGGUUCCUGCGUUUAGGAUUCAUAUUGCCAAGAUGAUUUAAAGCAUGUGAAAGAGCAAAUUAUAUCUUUACUUAGUUCACUUUAUUCUGGUCUACUCCUGGAUGCUUCCUAAACCCUCUGAAAACAGUCUGAGAUUCAGUGUCUUUGUCCUUUGCUCAUGUUAUGCUUUAAUGAUUGGCCUUUAACUCGAUGUUGAUUUAUUUUUAAGCCAUUGGGGAUACCAAGUUACUAGUUUCUGACUUUUGGUAAACACUAUGCAUUUUAAGACAACCCUCAGGCAUUUAGUUUGCACGUGAGAACUGCUCUGCUUUAGAUGAAUUUUACAAGUUUCAUAGCACUACUGAAAACAUCUUCAUGACUGAAAAAAGUCAGUGCAUCUAACACCUUAAAGCUCCUGUGAGAAACUUCGAGUCUGUGUUGAUUUGCUGUCCCCUGAGCUACUUAAAAAAAACCAGCCAGGGAUGGAUCAUGAAUUUUUCAGAUAUUUAAAUAACCACUAAUUAAGAAAUAUUCAAAGUGAUGAUGCGACAACCAGAUGGUGGCAGAUGGUGGCAGAUGGUGACAAUACCAUAUCUGAAAGCUGUUUGCUGACCACUUGUAAAUAAAAGAAAGUGUCAGUGUCAGGCGACACAACUGUCACAUUAAAGACUUUAUGCAGUAAAACUGGCUUAGCAUCUUCUAAUUCAAUCAGACAGUCAAUUAGGGUCAAUUUACUCUACAUUGUUAAGUAAAAAGGCAUGCAAUCACUGUGAUUGCAAUGCUAAAUCUGUAAGCCCAUUGAUGGAAAUUUCCAUUAUGUGUUAGCACUAUGCUAACAGAGUUAGAUAUACACCCCGGUCCAUCUGUGUGCAAAUUUUGAAAAAGUAAUUUUACUUGAAAUGUGAUGCCCACAUACUUCUGAAAUGCACAAUGCCUAGUGUUAGCAGUAUGCAGGUAAUUUCUUUGUUUGACACCUAACCAGUGGCAGCAGCAGUUUAGGCAAUAAGAAUGACUAUAUAGAAAUUUUCUGUCUUGUCACUGAUGGUCUCACAUGCUUUUAUUGGUCAAAGGGACAUGUCUGUAGUAAUUUACAUCUGUUUCAUAAGUACUUAAAAAUUCCUCACAGGAGCUUUAACCUUGCCCACGUUUUCUUUCCAGAGUGCUUCUGAAGCUCUCUUGCUUUUGUAUUUUCAAAGUCUGACUUGUAGUUCUACCCUGAGCUGCCUGUAUAUUUUUGUAUUCUUUUUUUAUGAGUUGUA